AUGGUGAGUUUGGAAACUACUCUUGCUGUUCAGCUCCCGGUCAUCAAUUUUCGAGACCUAAAACCAGGGACUUUCGAAUGGGACUCAGUGAGAGGAAAUUUCCGGAAAGCUCUAGAAGAGUACGGAUGCUUCGAGGCCUUGUUCGAUAAAGUCCCUGUCGAACUUCGAAAGGCGGUUUUCGAUGCUUCUGACGAGGUUUUCCAACUACCUUUAGAAACCAAACAGAGAGUUGUGUCAAAGAGAAAAUACAGAGGAUAUGUUGGUCAGAUUCCUACGUUACCUUUCUUCGAAGUCAUGGGCAUUGAUUUUGCAGAAGAUGCAGAUAAAGUUAAUGCCUUCACUCAUAAGCUUUGGCCCCAAGGCAACACCAGUUUCAGUGAGGCGGUUAUGUCAUUCGCUGAAAAAGUAUCAGUACUGGACUUCAUGACACGAAGAAUGAUAAUGGAGAGUUUUUGGCUCGACGAAAACUACAUAGACGAACAUUUGAAGUCGAUGAAAUGUCUCAACAAUGUAAAAGACGGAAUCAAAGUGAAAACUAUAGACGAUAAGCAUUGGAUCAAAGCCAAUCCUUCUCAAGAUUCUUCAUUCAUCGUUCUUGACGGAGCCAUGCUGCACGUACUCUUGAAUGGUCGGGUGCGUACCGGUGUUCACCAAGUAAUGAGGAUGGGAACGAACACGAGGUUCUCGGCUGGAUUGUUCUCUUUUCCGAAAACAGAGGAUUUGAUAUAUGCUCCGCAAGAAAUGGUUGACGCUGAGCAUCCUCACUUGUAUAAGCCAAUUGAUUUUGAAGGAUACUUCCAAUAUACUACUGAGGGGCCUGGAAGGAGAGAUCUAUGGGCUCUUAGGAGUUAUUGUGGCCUCUGUGGAUACAAAAAAUAACGUCUUUCCCCAAAUAAAAGAAUAAGAAUAAGAAUAAGAAUAAGAAUAAAAAGGAGCCUAGUUAACUCUCCUAGUUAACACUCUCGGGCACUAAUAUCAAGACAACCAAGACUUUUUUUUCUCCGACGCCGGUAGAGCUUUUGCUCGUCGGCGUCGGAAAAAGUCUCCUUCUCUCUGCUUACCCUCCGUUUCUUUGAUGUUUUCGGUCUCCUCGUUGUCUAGACAUCUAUGCUCUGGCUUGCACUUCCACGACUUACUACUCUCUUUUGGAGCUGUUUCCUUCUCGGUUUAUAACCAAAGUUCUUUUCCCGACCACCAUGCUUUAUCUCGUUGUCCAGAUCUGGUGGGCGGAGACCUUGUAGACAUCCAUCUACAACAACCGUCUGUAGAAUCUCUCACCGCCUCAAAUCCCAAACAGAAUUCUCUGGUUCUGAGUUUCCGGUUAACUCGACUACUCUAUUCGCUAACCCCAUUAGCUGCUACUCCGAUCUGCGGGGGUCAAGAGUGUGUCUCGGCGUUUAGCCGAAGAGCCUUUUCUCAUGGACCUGCAGAAGAUCUUGCUGCUUUCGAUUCCCUUAGACGGGGAUCGAGCUUAGACGAUGGAUGUUAUAUCGUUUUCCAUAAGGACCAAACCCAUAUUUCGAUCUCUGUUGCUGUGAGAUUUGUCGGUUUAUAUUCGUUUUUCGAUGAGGAAGUGCUAGGAAUUCUAGAUCUGGUGGCCGGCGAUCUGUAUCUUUCCGCGUCAGCUAUCUCUCCCCUCCUUCCUCCGCUUUCCCUGGUUGCCGGAGAGAUCUGCCCCAUCCCUCCUCCGAUAUCCUUCGAUCUAGAUGUGAGAAAUCUUGAGGGAAUGGAUCUUUGAUAUGUUGUCUGCUCUAGAGCCCCUUGUUCGGGUCUUCCAGUUCCGGUGUCGCCGUAACCGGUGACGUCCAUGUCUAACUGCAAGUUGUUUUUGCCGUUAACAUUGUCUCAUCUAUGCAUCAAAGAUAUAGAUAUAAUAAGCGGCGGUUGUGUUAGACCUGGCCUCCGACGCAUGUGUUUAACCGCCAACCUCGCCUCAGCGGACCGUCGUUGUUGUGACGUCAAUCUAGGUCAUCAAACCUAUGGAUUAGGGUUGCAAUUAUUAAAUCGCUUCUGGGCCAAGCCCAAGAAUUUCUCAACUGGACUAGCAUAUGUUUUGAGCUUAAAGCCAUUUUUGUCAAUCAUAUUAAGAUCAGCCGAGGCUAGGUCCAUCAGUUUUUGGUUAUGUAUUCUUAUUAAUUCUAUAAGAAAUUUAGAUUUAAGGCCCAA